AUGUCGACUUCCCCACAAACCCCAGAGUCAAACCAACAGCUCACUACAGAGAAUGCCUCCCAGAGACGAGAGUCCGAGUCCACCACCAGUUCCUCCGAACUCACCAGCGUCACCUUAAAGUUGCGCAAGGCUCUACGAAACUUUCCUGAUUUCCCAAUCCCCGGUAUCGACUUCGUUGAUAUUCUUCCUCUAUUCGCUUCCCACGAUCUCCACGAAUCUUUGAUCCGCGCUCUUGAAUUACAGGUCCUUCUUGUUAACGGCGGAAAGAAACCAGACGUCAUUGUUGGUUUGGAUGCUCGAGGAUUUCUUUUUGGUCCUUCCCUGGCUUUGCGAUUAGGAGCUGGCUUUGCUCCCGUCAGAAAGAGGGGAAAGCUUCCUGGACCUACCGAGGAAGCCAUUUUUGACAAGGAAUAUGGUCAAGACUAUUUCCAAAUCCAAAAGGAUGCGAUCAAGCCUGGGCAAUCAGUACUUGUGGUAGACGAUAUUAUUGCUACUGGAGGAAGUGCCCAGGCUGCCGGAAAGCUCGUCGAAAAGCUCGGAGGAAACUGCAUGGGAUAUUUAUUCAUUUUGGAAUUGGAUUUCUUGAAAGGACGUGACAAGCUCAACGCUCUUGUCGCAACAUUAUUACGCGAUUAA